AUGAGUAUAAAUUCUAUGACAAGUUCUAUAAGUUCAGAUUAUGAUUUCAAUUCAGUUACUUUUUAAAGGAAGUAAGAAUUUUCUGUGAGCGAUACAAGUAGUUCUAACCUGAAUAGUGUUGCUUAAAUCAGUUCCAAUUUUACUUUGAAUUAUUAAUAAUAACUAGAGAAUGAUAAUAAUCAAUCUGAUAAAUAGAAGUCUGUCACAAGUAUAGAGGAAGAAGAGGAGAAAAAGGAAAAUAAUUAUCAAAUAUAAAAAAUAUAAAAAAAGAUCAGGAAAGUCAAAUAUUUACUCAAGUUAUGUCAGCCUUUAGAAAUCAAUGAAUGCUUUUUAAUCGAGGGCGAGUUUCUUUUUUAUCCUAAGGCCUUUAUGAAAUAUUAAAGUCAAAACCACCUGGAAUAAUCUUCUUAAAUGAACCAAUUCAGACCUGUUAGAAAAGUAAAUUUCUUUGAUGAUUAGCGCAUUGAUGUGGAGUUAGAUAAUUUUAUGGAUUGCUAUGGUAAUGUGGAAGUAGUAAAACAGUAUUUAAAUAGAUUGAAUGAUUAAAAAAGUAAAUAAAUGUGUAUGUAUGUAAAUUAUUAUGAGAUGUUAAUUUCAGAUCAAUACUAAACACUAAAAUUAGUCAAAGAAUAUUAUUUAAAUAAAGAAUAAGAGUUGAUUGACAAAUUAGAUGAAAAUUUUUAAAAGUCCUUGCAGUAAGCUCAUAAAUUCAUGGAACAGUUAAACAAAUAAAAUACUCUUACGCUAUAUUUUUUAAGGAGAGUCAACCCAAUAAAUUUAUUCAAAAAAUCCCACUCGAUGGGUGCAACAAAAACUCUUUUAGACAUAAUUUUUGGAUAAGAUGCUGUUGAUAAGUAAACUCUGAAGUAAAGGCUUAUGAGAGAAGGAGUGCCUAAUUUGAUAGACUACAGAGGUUUAGUAUAAUAUAUGAUUCAAUCUUUCUCUGGAACUGAAGGUGAAACAAUUGAUUUAAUGACUGUUGACAUGUUUAAAAUUCCUUGCAAACUUUAAUGUAUGAAUCUCCCUUUAAGUAGUAUAGAAAUAAUUCCUGGAUAUACUGUUUACGAUGAAUUGCUAUACUCUACAUACACACCUACUAAUCCAAAAAUUAUCGAUAAUAUCUUAAAAGUAAGAAAAGAAUAAUAAAAUAUACAAACCCAAACUUACUAAAUAGAUAUUAGCGAUUUUUCAUACGAAGCUAAAAGUGAACAGUUUGUUGAAAAAUAUUAUCCAGAUGUUUCCUAUUAAUUAAAAUUUAAAAGAAAAAAACCUGAAAACUUUAAAAAACCACUAUAUCAAUAGGAGUAAAAUAAAACUUUUAGCAGCAUGGGUAUUUUUUCUGACUGA